CUUGUCAUUCGUGUUUUGCACUGAAUCUGUCAAAAUGCGCUUCUCUGACAAACUGGCAUUGUUCCUAACUUGCAUGUGUGCAGGCUUCUUCAAGCUCUGCUGCUGUGAUGCAUGCGUGGAUAAACUUCCGGACUGUGCAGAUUACACUCGGGGUGCAUGUAAACCACCCUAUCUCAACUGGGCUUUACAACACUGCGCUGCUUACUGUGGAUUAUGCCGUAAACAAUGUGUGAACACAAGGAGUGACUGUCGUGAAUAUGGAAAAUCAGCGUGUCUUCCACUGUAUGAAAGAUGGGCUAGAGAAAACUGUGCGGAGUACUGUGGUUACUGCAGCUCAAAUCCAAAAUGUUUGUUCUCCCCUUGGAUGGAUUUAAAACCAUGUUCAGAAUCAUGUGGUGGAGGGCGGACUAUUCAAGUGAGAACCCUUCUAAUAGUCCCAGAUGGUACGCCUUUGGCAAAGGACUGCGAUGGUGAUUUAAUCCGAAACAAAUCGUGCAACAUCAAGCCCUGUACCACGCAAAAUCCAGGAAAUCUCGAUCCUUCUGUGAAUGUAGAUCCAGCAUUACUACCGAUAUUGGUCGAUCCAGUCAGUAAUUUAGUGAAAGGAGAGAUCGCCGGAGAGGGAGCUGGAGUCGCUGUCGGCGAAACAGUUGGUGCUUUAGGCGGUGAGGCGGCUGCAAUAACUUUUGGAGAAGUUGUGCUCAGUUUGCUACCCGAACUAUUAUUUGGUUUCUUAGGGAAAAAAUAAACAGAUGAUAAAGAAUUGACUUGUCUAAGAUCUUCAGUAUGAAUUUAAUUUCUAUUUUGUACUGUGGUGAAUAAUAAUUUUACAUUUCCAA